UGAAAAUCCACAGUUAAAAACUUGGCUGUGCCUGUAUUCUUCUUGCUAAUGAGCUUAAGCCCAUUAAAUUUGGCUGAAUUCUUUCCCAACUUAGGCUUCUUCUUGGGCAACAAUUGAAAUAAUACAGUGUUUCUAUAAAUAGCUUGUAUUUUGAGUUUCCUCUAAACAAGGAGCCAACGCUAAUUUUCCAAGAUUGACUGAAACAUUUUGGAAAGCCUUGGCUUGGAUUAAAAAGAUGCGGAGAGCAAUGAGGGGACAGGAAUUUGGAAGGAAGACAAUAACACUAAAAGGAGGAAGGAGCCUGUAUAAAGAAGCCCCCAGCAGGGAUUCAAAAAGACAAAAAGUAAAUAAAUUGUACAAUCAUGACGAUGUUUCGGAGAGGCCUUUGUAUUCUACCUGUCCUUUUUCUCUCCGGGAACUGUCAAUUCUUGUUCCCUUUCCUCCAUUUUGAUAAUCCAGCAAGCAACGGCCUCAACUUUGGUAGCGACGGCGACAUAACCAAGGAAGGCGUUGCACAGGAUAAUGUUGAGACUGCAUACAAGGGCAAGUGGGAGCUGUUUACUGAAAAUUCCGGCGUCUCGGCCAUGCACUUGCUCAUACUUCCCAAGAUUGACCAGGCUUUGAUGUUUGACGCCACGGUUUGGAAGAUAUCAAAAUUAAAGUUGCCAGGCCCGCCUUGCCGAAUCGUCGAGGGAACCAAUGAGCAAGACUGCUUUUGCCAUUCAGUUCUCCUGGACAUUGAGACCGCAAAGAUUAGGCCACUCAGGUUGAAUUAUGACACUUGGUGUUCAUCUGGUGCCCUUGAUGUUAAUGGACGGUUAGUCAGUACUGGUGGUUAUAAUAACGGAUCAGAUACUGUCAGGAUUCUCGACAUAUGUCCCAACUGUGAAUGGCAAGAAUAUCCAGGCGCACUUGGAAAUGGAAGAUGGUACGCGACACAGGUAACCUUAGGAGAUGGUAGGUUCAUGGUUUUUGGAGGUCGAAACUUUCCAACUUACGAAUUCGUUCCACCAGAAGGGCAACGCAAUGCCAAAAACCAAGUCUUCCCUUUCAAAUUCCUGGCAGAAACCCAUGAUCCGGUGGAGAACAAUUUGUACCCUUUUGUCUAUCUCUCAACUGACGGAAAUCUCUUCAUCUUUGCCAACAACCGUUCCAUUCUGCUCAAUCCAAACACGCAGCAAAUCCUCCACGAGUUCCCAGUUCUCCCAGGCGGUGCCCGCAACUAUCCAGCGUCGGGAAGUUCUUGUCUACUUCCGAUUAGACUUCAACCUGAUGAAACACGUAAACUCAUCCCUGCUGAGGUCUUGAUAUGUGGCGGUACGUCACACGAGGCAUUUACACUGGCAGAUUUAAAGCGCCCGAAAGUGUUCGUCCCAGCCAACAAAGACUGUGCCCGCAUAGAUAUUACCAAAAGGAAUGGAAAAUGGAAGAUCCAAACUAUGCCAUCGCCUCGUAUUAUGGGAGACGCCGUGGUUCUUCCAACGGGAGAUGUGCUUCUCAUAAACGGUGCCCAGAGUGGUUCAGCCGGAUGGGACGAUGCCAGGGACCCAAAUUUCACCCCUGUCGUGUAUCAUGUCCAUGGACAAAAAGGUGGUUCCAAGUUCACAGAGCUUGCACCUUCAAAAAUUGCCCGUCUGUACCACUCAUCCUCCGUACUUCUUCCUGAUGGAAAAAUCCUCAUAGCUGGUAGCAACACAAACCCAGGAUACAUGGAUAAUGCCCUCUUCCCCACUGAGGUUCGCGUAGAAAAAUUCUCGCCACAUUACUUAGAUCCAAAAUUGGCCAAGUUUAGGCUAGAGAUCGUACUUGACCAGUCCACCAAUCAGAUAAAUUAUGGAAAGAGAUUCACGGUGCAAAUACGCGGUGAUGAUGAGGCCCUGGACGAGCAGAAGCUCCAAGUAAAUAUUUACUAUCCGGCUUUCACAACACAUGGUAUCUCCAUGAAUCAAAGGCUGGUUCAAUUGGGAACUGUUCAAGUGAUAAAAAACGUUGCUCCAAAAACCCACAACAUUAUUCUUCAAGCUCCCAUAAACGGCAAUAUAGCUCCUCCUGGUUAUUACAUGCUAUUCGUGACUUAUAAUGGGGUGCCUUGCCGUCGUGCCAUGUGGGUUCAGCUGCUCCUCUAG